AUGCAUCUGAGUUCUGCUUCCCGAGUGCCUGUCAGAGCUCAGUAAGCAUCACCUGCACGCUCAUGUAGAGGGAGAUUCUUCGACAUGGCAGGAGGAGAACCUACAGAUGUGCUUGUUCUUUCCAUGGCAUGCUUUCUUUGUGGUACCACCCUGUGCUUGCCUACAGCCAAAUUAUUAGACUAUGAUGUGGACGGUGGGCAGGACCUUGACAUUUUUGAUAUCAAUGAAGAAGCAGGAUUGAACCUUGUAGAAGGGGACAUUGUGCUUGAUGAGAGACAAACCCGUAAUUCUAUAAUAGGUGAAGAGUACAGGUGGCCAAAGACGAUCCCAUAUUACAUGGAAGACGACUUAGAGAUCAAUGCAAAAGGUUUGAUUCUUAAGGCCUUUGAGCAGUACCGGCUCAAGACCUGCAUCGACUUUAAGCCAUGGAGCGGAGAAGCAAACUACAUUUCCAUCUUCAAAGGGAAUGGCUGUUUCUCCUCUAUCGGCAACCGCCGAAUUGGGAAGCAGCAACUGUCCAUAGGGACAAAGUGUCACCGCAUCGCCACCAUUGAACAUGAGUUCCUUCAUGCACUGGGUUUCUGGCACGAGCAGUCAAGAGCAGACCGCGGCGAUUAUGUUGAAAUCAUGUGGGAUCACAUUACAGAGGGUAAAAAACACAACUUUAACAUCUAUAACGACACCACCUCCAGCUCUUUGGGCAUCCCCUACGACUACAGCUCCAUGAUGCACUACAGCAAAACUGCUUUUCAAAAUGGCACAAAGCCCACCAUUGUCACCAAGAUCCCUGCUUUCAGUGAUGUCAUUGGCCAGCGUAUGGAGUUCAGUGACAGUGACCUGCUCAAGCUGAACCGCCUCUAUAACUGCACUCAGGGUCCCACCUUCCUGGACUCAUGUGACUUUGAACGUGAAAACAUCUGUGGUAUGAUACAGGGACAAGGGGAUCAGGCAGAUUGGGCCAGAGUAACAAAAGCUGCUGGAGGGCCUGACACCGACUACUCCAACAUGGGCAAAUGCACUGGCUCUGGGUAUUUUAUGCACUUCAGCAGUGGCACGGCCAAUCCUGGGGACAAAGCUCGGCUGGAAAGCAGACUCCUUUAUCCCAAAAGAGGCUACCAGUGUCUCCAGUUCUUCUAUUACAACAGUGCUGGGCCCAACGACACACUGAAUGUCUAUGUCAGAGAGUACGACAAAGCUGACCCCAGUGGAAGACUGCGCUUUAUAAAGACCAUAGAUGGGUCCCCUCAGGAGUUUUGGCAACUGCACCAUGUAAGUCUAGAUGCCAAAACCAAAUUUCGUGUAGUCUUUGAAGGGACCAAAGAGGGCUCUGGAUCCACAUCAGGGGGACUGUCCCUGGAUGACAUCAACCUUUCUGAGACCACCUGCCCAGAGUUUAUUUGGCGAGUUAAAAACUUCAGUCACAUUAUGGAAAACACCCCAACAAACACAUCUAUCUUUAGCCCCAUAUUCCCCUCUAAAGAGGGCUAUACCUUCCAAAUGACCUUGUACCCCAACGGUAAAGAGGGCUACCCAGGCCAGUUGUCAGUCUUUGCUCAUCUGGUGGCCCGUGAAGGGGACACAGGACAGACAUGGCCAUGUCCUUGGAAACAAAUAACCAUGAUGCUAAUGGACCAGCACCCACACAUCCAAAAGCGCAUGUCCAACCAGCGCAGUGUCACCACUGACCCCAACAUGAAAGCACCAGACUCUGACCAUUUUUUCUGGGAUGAUCCUCGAAAGGUCGGCACUGAGGUCACAGACACAGACGGCUCAAAGUAUUUCCAAGGGCCGGGCGCUGGGACUCCGGUGUAUCUCACCCAUCUCAGAGCUAAAAGCAGGGACUUUAUCAAGGGAGGAGACGCCAUCUUCCUCCUCACUAUGGAGGAUGUGAUCCAUUUAACAGUGAGCCAGCCCCUGCCUCCUACAACUUCACAGCCUGUCAGCACUGCACCUUCUGACCUCUGCAACAAUGUGCAGUGCCAGAAUGGAGGCAUCUGUGUCGUGGAUGAAGGCAAAGCUGCUUGCAGGUGUGUGGUGGGCAAUGACUGGUGGUACUACGGGGACAAAUGUCAACACAGGGGCUCCAACAGUGACAAAACCACUCUUGCACUUGCCUCUUCACUAUCUGUACUGGGAGUAAUGUUGGUGAUUACAGUUGUCAGUGUCAUCUGCAUAAAGAAAAAAUAUACAAGACGCAUCAGUAAUAAUGGUGAAGUGGUGGCAAACACGCAUGCCAGUUCAAAACUUUAA